CGCCCGGCUUGAUCCAAGAAAUCCUUUUUCACGACACAAUAUGCUUCUAUUGCCUGAGUUGAGUCAUUCUUUUGGCUCUCUUUACUCUAGAAGAAUGACGACCAAGAAACAAAGCAAAAUUGUAAAUAAGCAUAUUUAUAGUAAAAUAUAUGGGAAGAGGCCAUCUGUAACUCAAAGAAAGAGAGAACAAGUUCAGAAACAUCAUCCUAACACAAACAGAAAUUUAGCCCUAAAUGUGAAGAAAAUCACCUUGGGGCAUCAUAAAUCUACCAGGAGAACUGCCAGAGCUAGAAAUAGGGACAAGAAUCUCUAUUUCAAGAUACCAAAGCUCUUCAGCAACAUGAAGAUAGUGGAUAAGACUUCUGAAUCUGAGCCAUGUCAUAUCUUAAAUAAUAAUAAUGCAAAGAAAAGCUUUUGGAAUAACUCUUCCAAACUCAAGGAGAUAUGAGAUACAGUACAUCUCUACAAGCUCAGUGAGAAGGAAUCAACAAGUGAUCACUCUUAUUCUAGUCCAAAGAGAUGAUUAAGGACUAGAAAUCAACAAUGCCGCAAACUUUGAAAUAGGUUUGAAAUAACCCGUUCCAGUGUAGAAGGAAGAUUAAGGAUACAUUUGAACUUAUCAUUGCAAGAGAGAUUUAUGAAGACACAACAGAAAAAUCUUUAAUUUAUCUCAUAAGCCUAAUACCUCUAGAUCUUCUAAUACUUCUGUUAAUCCAUAAAGC